AUGCUCUGUACAUCACAAGCUGCUCUGCUCAUACACAACUGUAAUGAAAAUGUUCAGUUUUUUUAUAUUUUCAGGUUUUGUCCCUUUUGCUUUGACGUUUCGUUCAAGCAAACGUUUUUAAUUUACGGCAAAACACGUUUCGUGUCUUUACGACUUAAAAAAUGCGUUACGUGGCCGCUUGGUAUUGAAGCCGACUCUGAGAAGCUGAAGAAGGUCAUCGGGGAACUUAACGGCAAGUCCGUUGAGGAUCUGAUGGCGCAAGGUCGUGAGAAGCUGUCCUCCAUGCCAGCGGGUGGUGCAGCUCCAGCUGCCGCUGCUGCUGCCGCCCCAGCUGCAGCUGCUGCAGAAGAGAAGAAAGAAGAGAAAGAGGCCAAGAAAGAAGAAUCUGAAUCUGACGAUGAAGACAUGGGCUUCGGUCUUUUUGAC